CUUCCAACCAUGUCCCUCUCACUGGUCUCCAACGCGUAUCUUGAUGAGAGCUCUGCGAGCUUGCGCUUGAAACCUGGUUUAUGGAAGGGAUAUCAACGGACAGGGCUCAUGACUUCGGAAGAGCUCGCCCUUAUCACGAGGGUUGACCGACAACCGAGAGCAAAAGUAGAGUCUAUAUUACUCUCGGAAGGCCAGACCUACGCGCUCCUAUACCUUCGGCUGCUCAAGAAGUUCCAAGCAGUUGACACCCUGCAGUGUAUCCUAGUCCUCAUCACGGACGCCAUCGCCGAUCACGACGAACGCAUAUCGCUGUUCACAAAAGCAGCAGAAACAGACCCGGAGCUACCCUAUGGGCCACUACUCCGUGUCCUCGAGACCACAGAUGACUUUGUACAACUCAAAGCCGCUCAGAUUCUCACCGUCUUAUUGAGCUCUGAAUCAACGCCUCUUUCUCACCAUCACCUUCAGCCAUUCCUCGCCACAAUAUCGGCUUUUGUACAGAACGCGUCGCAUAACAAACUAGAUAUCGCUGUACAGUGCCUAGAAGUUAUCCUACCUCGCCCUGAAGUGCGAAAAGCAGUCUGGGAACAUCCAAGCAUCAUCUCUGGCUUAGUAGACGUCUUGAAGCGGAAUCCUGGUCCUCAAAUGAGCUACCAAGUUGGAUAUUGCUUCUGGCUAUUAUCAUUCGAGCAGGAGGUUGCAGAGCAAAUCAAUCAGAAAUAUGACAUCAUACCAUUGUUUGUUGACAUUGCUCAAGCAGCAGUCAAAGAGAAAGUAAUUCGUGUCAUAGUCGCAACAUUUAGGAACCUUGUCACGAAAGCCCCGUCCGCGAACCUUCCCGCCAUGCUAGUCUCACAGCUUCUACCUUUCUCGAACAACCUAGCCACGCGCAAAUGGUCAGAUGAGGAUAUCCUCGAAGAUGUACAAUUUCUCCGUGACGAGCUCAAGACAAGGUUCGAGAGCCUUACAACAUGGGACGAAUAUACCUCGGAGCUGACCUCCGGCCACCUGUCUUGGACACCAGUCCACGAAUCGGAUAUGUUCUGGAAAGAGAAUGCCGUCAAACUGAAUGAGAAGGACCAUGCCUGCCUCAAGCAACUAGUCAGUCUGCUUCAAGAGUCGCCGGACCCCGUCGUGCUCGCUGUAGCCGCGCACGACUUGGGACAGUAUGUUAAACACUAUGAACGAGGCAAAAAGGUCGUGACCGAUUUCGGUGCAAAGACGCGUGUGAUGGAGCUGAUGUCGCACAAGAAUCCAGAUGUUAGGUACCAAGCUCUCCUAUCGGUACAACAGCUGGUUAGUCAUCCGUGGCAGGCAGUCUGAAAGACCCGUUGAAGGUAUGGAGAUCGAGAUGUGAUAAGAUAGGUAACGACAUGAGAACGAAUUGAGGACUCACGUAUAUAAUUAUUUUCAAUAUCAUCUUCUUCGUGGCCGG